AUGUUUGCUUGGAGAGUUUGUAAGGAUAUUUUGCCCACUCCUGUAAACCUAAGGUGGAAAAAGGUGGUGGAGGAAUCUUUAUGUUGCUUUUGUUUGGAUAAUGAGGAAGAUAUUAAUCAUGCUUUGUUAAUCUGCCCUACUAAUCAAAUUGUUUGGCAAAAAUACUUCCCUUUAUUCAAGGUUUUUAAUUCAUCUCUCACCUUUCUUCAAACUGUCCGAAGGAUCCAGAUGCAAGGUAGUGAGGAAGAUUUCACCUUAUUCUUUGUCCUUUGUUGGAGCUUAUGGUAUAGAAGAAAUCAAAUGCAAAUGGAGCAGACUAUCAUCCAACCUGUGCAAGCUGCGGAGCAUGCUAUAUCAAUCUACAAGGCUUUCAAAGAUGUGCAAGGUACUACAUCACGGCAGCAACUACAACAGCUAUCUAAGUGGCAAGCUCCACCAGAUGGGUUUCUUAAAGUUAAUGUAGAUGGAGCUAUCUUUGUGGAUCAAAGGAGAGCUGGCAUUGGAGUUGUUUUGUGGGAUACCAAUGGAGUUGUAUUGAUGGCUGCAAGCAAAACUGAGAUGGAGGUGGAUGAGGCAGCAACUAUUGAAGCUAUUGCUGUCUUGAGAGGGAUACAACUCUGCCUUCCACUUGGCAUUCCGAAAUUGAUCAUUGAAACAUAUUGUCCUAAUGUGGUUCAAGAGUUGCAGUCCUCUAAAGCCUUGUAUGCUAGUGCUGGGAAUUUGUUUGCUGACAUUAAGCACCUAUUGCUGCAUUUUCAGGAAUACAAGUGGCACAUGUUAUUAGGAUAG